UCCAAACUCGGCACAAAGGCGCACUGGGAUGAGUGCUACGAGAGGGAACUGGCCAAUUGGCGCGAGUGCGAGGAAGAAGGCGAGAUAUGGUUCGGCCAGCAAGCUGCACGACGAAUGGUGUUGCAGCUCAAACAGCUCCAUCUGGGUAGCCCGACGAUCCUAGACUUGGGCACGGGAAACGGGAUGCUCCUCCACGACGUUCUCGAAGAAGAAUUGACGGAGCCGGAAAAGUUGAUGGGUGUGGACUAUUCGGCGGGAUCUGUGGAGCUAGCUAGAUCUAUCGCGCAAGAACGAAGGAGAGGGCUGGAACGCGUGCGAUGGCAAGUGCUUGAUCUCGUUAGUGACGAACAGUCUGUGGGAGCGUGCGGGCAGUGGGAUGUCUUGUUGGACAAGGGUACACUCGACGCCAUAGCCUUAUCCACCCACUCCGAAGCAGCGAUCACCGCCUACGUUCGAUCCACGAGAAAAUUACGCAGUCCUGCUGGAGUGUUGAUCCUCACAUCAUGCAAUUUCACACUGCAAGAACUCGAGCGCCUCUUCACGCAAGACCAAAGCAUCGGAGAUGAAGACGAAGUGGUGGAGAGCAAUGUGGCCGCACCACCCACUUUCAGCUUUGGCGGUCGAACAGGAAGCACC